AGGCGAUUAGAAAAAGAAUAAGCCAAAAAGGUGACUCUGAGAGUUGAGAGAUACAUUCGCUCGCUCAAAGGAGUCGCAGAGAUUGAGAGAGAAUGGGAGAAGCCAAGACGGUACACUCACCGCUGGUGACAUACGUUUCCAUGCUUUCAUUGCUGACUCUCUGCCCCCCUUUCGUUAUUUUACUAUGGUAUACAAUGGUACAUGCUGAUGGCUCUAUUUCCCAAACUUGGGAUUACUUGAAGCAGCACAUGCUUCAAGGGAUGAUUAGUAUAUGGCCAAGACCCACUGCUACUGCUUGGAAAAUUAUUGCGUGUUAUGCUGCCUUUGAGGCUGUACUUCAACUUCUUCUACCCGGAAAAAGGGUUGAGGGCCCAGUAUCUCCGGCAGGAAAUCGGCCUGUGUACAAGGCAAAUGGUAUGGCGGCAUAUUUAGUGACAUUGCUUACUUACGUUGGUCUUUGGUGGUUUGGGAUAUUCAACCCCUCAGUUGUGUAUGAUCAUUUGGGAGAAAUAUUUUCAGCACUCAUUUUUGGAAGCUUCGUCUUUUGUGUUUUCUUGUACAUAAAAGGUCAUAUUGCACCAUCUUCCACCGAUUCUGGUUCAUCUGGGAACAUAAUAAUUGAUUUCUACUGGGGUAUGGAGCUGUAUCCUCGAAUUGGUAAACAUUUUGAUAUGAAAGUUUUCACAAACUGCAGAUUUGGGAUGAUGUCUUGGGCAGUUCUUGCUGUGACAUAUUGCAUAAAGCAGUAUGAAGAGAAUGGGACGGUGGCUGAUUCUAUGCUUGUGAAUACUACAUUGAUGCUGGUCUAUGUUACAAAGUUUUUUUGGUGGGAAGCUGGAUAUUGGAACACCAUGGAUAUUGCACAUGAUCGAGCUGGGUUCUAUAUUUGCUGGGGAUGCUUGGUAUGGGUUCCAUCUGUCUAUACUUCUCCAGGCAUGUACCUAGUCAACCAUCCUAUAAAUCUUGGAACCCAGCUAGCACUUUAUAUUCUAGUGGCAGGCGUUCUUUGCAUAUAUAUCAACUAUGAUUGCGACAUGCAAAGGCAAGAAUUUCGCAGAACAAAUGGAAAAUGCGUAGUCUGGGGAAAAGCUCCUUCAAAGAUAGUUGCGUCAUACACUACAACAUCUGGGGAAACAAAAACCAGCCUUCUCUUAACCUCAGGAUGGUGGGGAUUAUCUCGUCAUUUCCAUUAUGUACCAGAAAUAUUAGCUGCUUUCUUCUGGACCGUCCCAGCUCUCUUUGAUCAUUUCCUACCUUACUUCUAUGUGAUAUUUCUUACUAUCCUUCUUUUUGACCGAGCUAAAAGGGAUGAUGAUCGAUGUCGGUCCAAGUAUGGGAAGUAUUGGAAAUUAUAUUGCGAGAAGGUUCCGUACAGGAUAAUUCCCGGAAUUUACUGAAUGACCUUGUCAUGUAUUGAGCAUACCUAGCCCUAUGUUUGCUUUGGCUAUGUGUACUUUGUGGGUGAGUUCAGGAUGAUAUGUGUAUUGACAAACUCCAUGCUAGGUUUGUUUAUCAUUAUUGAGAGAGAACAAACACAAAUGCAGUUAUUAAUAUAUGGGAUAUCACCAACAUUUAUUGCUAAA